AUGUUUGGUGGAUAUCCUCUCUACGGAAAUCAAGGCAGUUUCGGAGGUUUUGGUGGUUCAGGUCUUGGUGGAGGCUUCGGCAAUUUAGCUUACAGUGGUUUCAGUAGUCCAAACUACUUUACUUUUGGUACUCCUCGCUAUGAUGGUGCUGCUAGUUCAGGUUAUAGUGGUUUUGAUGCUCUUGGAGGUUAUGGACGUGCCUUCAGCUCACCAUAUGGGUAUGGUUCUUAUUGA